AUGUCUUUCCUGACUCGUUGCCUUGAUGCAAUAACUCACAGUCCUUUCUCUGCGCUUGGCGCGGUGCGAAACGCUACUAAACGUGCUGGCGGUACGGUGCAUAACCAUGGGGGUUCACCAGGCAAGCGUUUAGGUGUCAAAAAAUUCUCGGAUCAGUAUGUUGUCCCGGGCAACAUCAUCGUGCGUCAGCGGGGAACACUCUUCCACCCAGGGCCUCAUGUUAAGAUGGGUCGCGACCAUACUAUAUACGCCAUCACACCAGGAUUUGUGCGCUUCUACAAGGAGAAAUGGAUGCGUGGAGAACGGAGAUUCGUUGGACUGGUAUUGGAUCGGGGAGAGGUUUUGCCUCGAGACGAGUCGGCUAGAGGGCGGAGUCGCUACUGUGGAUUGGUGAACCUUAGAGAAACACCACAACCAAUGCAAUCCGCUUAA